AUGGGAGUUUUUGGACCAGUUAUAAAAAAUAGUCAACCCAUUGAAACGUUGGUCAAUCCAUGGGGUCACACAGAUGAAGAUUACGAAUUCGAUGAUUCUUUUUCAAAAGUGCCAUGGCUAGGACUCCCACGCGGUGACAGGAGGAUAUAUCUUGCACAACUUGCUUUCCAAAUCCAGCGUAGGGAUACCCCUGCUGUCAUAGCUCUUGGACCAACAAGGAAAGCAAAAGCUCUCACAUUGUUAUAUGGUGCUGAAUCUGCUGAUGCUUAUCCUUUUAGUGAUGAACGUUUACUAAAAGUUGAAACACAAACUGAGGAAAUGACAAUGGAUGAUUGGCCUAGGAAGGUCAAACGGGAUCUCCAUGUGAAUUAUGAUGUGGGCAAGACAUUCAGGACAGAGCCAGGAUUUGGAGUUAAGAGAGGCGGCUUUGUUGCUCGCUAUGAAGAUUACGAAUUCGAUGAAUCAUUUUCAAAAGUGCCAUGGCUAGGACUCCCACGCGGUGACAGAAGGCUAUAUCUUGCACAACUUGCUUUCCAAAUCCAGCGUAGGGAUACCCCUGCUGUCAUAGCUCUUGGACCAACAAGGAAAGCAAAAGCUCUCACAUUGUUAUAUGGUGCUGAAUCUGCUGAUGCUUAUCCUUUUAGUGAUGAACGUUUACCAAAAGUUGAAACACAAACUGAGGAAAUGGCAAUGGAUGAUUGGCCUAGGAAGGUCAAGCGGGAUCUCCUUGUGAAUUAUGAUGUGGUACGGUGCUCCAUGUGA